AUGCCUUGGCAAAAAAUUGAUCAUCAGUUCACCCAUCCUGAGUUGGAUUACAACUCUGACCCCAACUUCCAACCUUGUAUCAAAGUCUCCGUCUUUUUCAGAAAAAUCGAUUCAAUCGACUACGAUACUUUUUUCGGCCACUGGCAGACCGUGCAUGCUGAUUUGGCUGUGGCCACGCUUGCAUUUCGGAACCACAUCGUUCGAUAUGCACAGCAUCAUCAAACGCCUGAGAUGAAGGAGCGAGCUAGAAGCCUGGGAGAGGGUGUUUUGGAUUAUGAUGGCUGCGCCCAGCUUUGGGUCAGAACGUGGGACGAUUGGCUGGCCUUUUACAACAGCAAAGAAUAUGCUGCGGCGUUGAGUGAUGACUGUAACAGGUUCAUGGCGCUGCCAAUGACGUACAUGAUUGGUUAUGAAAACCUCGUGGUCGGGGAUGCUUCCAAGUGGAUAGGCGGCAAGGAUGGCAUGGAUGUUGAGAAGCUCAAGUAG